GCUUUUCGGCAUCCACGUCAUCAACCUGCGUUAUUAUUCCUAAAGUGGUGAGCUGGCUUUGAACAGCGGGUGGAUUCUUCAUUUAUAAUUUAGCCCUCUACCGUCCCACAAACUUCAUCACAAUGACCAAGCUUCUGGAGUGGCUUCUUGGUGUGUCGCUGAUUGGUGUGGCAUGGGGACUCGUUACCUUUGACCUCCUUGAUUUGCAGUUGCCUCCCAAGUAUAGAGAGCUGGCAUGGCCCAUGCCUGUAUAUCUGCUGGUGGCGUUUGGGUGUUAUUCACUGGCAGCUGUCAGCUACCGUGUGGCCACGUUUAAUGACUGUGAGGACGCGGCCAAAGAGUUGCAAGCACAAAUAAAAGAAGCCAAAGAGGAUUUAAAGAAGAAGGGACUGAAGAUGUGAGAAUUACAUCUUGGCUUCUGUUUUUUUUAUAUGCAAAUGCAAACAUAGUCUCAUUGUUUCUGUUUACUUUGUGAUGUCUGUACUACAAUAUGCACUCAAGACUGCAGCUCAAAGCUGUCCAACUUUGUUCAAGUCUUUUUUUCUACAUGAUGUAAAUAAUAGUUUGAAAUGUAAGCACCUGCACACCUGUGAAUGAUCUAUUUCCAGCAUUAUGACAGUCUUAUU